AAAAUGUCUGUGUAAUGUAGAUAAAUGUGAGGGAUUUUCUCUCUAAAUCCGUCUCCUGUUCGCUAAAUCUCACUUCUCCAAAACGAGCCUGCGCAAUGGAACAAAGUCGGAAUAUUGAGAUGUGACAUUGCCCGCAUCUCAUCCUCUUUCUCCCCGUUUUUUAAUGACUUCAAACAAGUUCAUUUUCGCCGGGCUUUGACUUGCGGAGACCCGUGGGGAUGUCUAGCGCUCUUUCCUUUCAGUGGCAUUUAUGUGAUGUCUUCAAGAGUGCGAUGUGCUGUAUCUCCUGUAGCCACACCCUCUCACUACUGCUGUGCGUCCUCACCCUGACUCCGACGGCAACAGGGGCGGGCCCAGAAACCCUGUGCGGGGCGGAGCUGGUCGACACGCUGCAGUUUGUGUGUGGAGAGAGAGGCUUUUAUUUCAGUAAACCAACAGGCUAUGGCCCCAAUGCACGGCGAUCACGUGGCAUUGUGGACGAGUGCUGCUUUCAAAGCUGUGAGCUGCGGCGCCUGGAGAUGUACUGUGCACCUGCCAAGACUAGCAAGGCAGCUCGCUCUGUGCGUGCACAGCGCCACACAGACAUGCCGAGGGCACCUAAGGUUAGUACCGCAGGGCACAAAGUGGACAAGGGCACAGAGCGUAGGACAGCACAGCAACCAGACAAGACAAAAAACAAGAAGAGACCUUUACCUGGACAUAGUCACUCAUCCUUUAAGGAAGUGCAUCAGAAAAACUCAAGUCGAGGCAACACGGGGGGCAGAAAUUACAGAAUGUAGGGAAGGAGCGAAUGGACAAAUGCCCAGCAACUUGGGAAGAGAGAAGGGAGUGGCCUUACCCGGUACCCCUGUGGAAUGGUUCACUGUAAAACAAAACAAUGAGGAUGCUAACAAUGGUCCGAGAAGCUCUUCAAAAUGAUUGAAACCUGAGGGCUAAGUGGUGUUUAAGGGUUUGAUGAGGGAUCUUGUGAUUAUUUUAUACACUGCACCAUUCCAUAUCGGGAGGAAUUCUUUGUUAAUGCAAUGUAACAGACUAGUUUAGCUGCUGAGACACGAACAAGAGCUUAUUAUACCUCCAUGUGUGAGCUGCAGCAACCCCUGGCUCCAGGAAAGGUGGGAACGGAUCUGGGCUUCAGCCAAUCAGAGAGCAGGUGGCUUGAGAAUGAGUGGUCCAUCCUGUCCCCUGAACUUUGUGGAGGUAUAUCCUUUUACUCUGAGAGAGUGGAUUCAUUCCACUCCUCUGGUAAGACAGGAUAUUUUAUCACCGGUCACAUUUAACAGUUACUACCCAAGUCAAAAUCUGAUUAUCUUAUCUUCGGAGUUUGUUUUCAUGCACCAUGCAUUACCAAGGAAAUUUUUAAAAGAGUAAAACAAGGUUUGCUUUAAAGGACAAAGACCAGGCGGCUCAUUAUCAGAUUUUAAACGUUGUUGUAGUUAUUUUUCCUUGAGCCCAAAUCAAAUCCCUACUUCUCAGUAACUGAAGGCAGGGUUCUUAUAUCUAAAUGGAGUCGCUAGAAGGUUUGAGUCCAAUCCAAAUCCUUCCUAAGUCUCAGGAAGUGUUGAGAUCCUGAGGACUGAGUCCACAAUCCAAACACUUCUAUAACAACAAAUCAAGCACUAUUACAGGGGAUUUUGAGGAAGGUGGGACGUACAGUAGGUACUAGAAAUACAAGAUGGUACAAAAUAGGAAAUCACAUUAGCCAGAAGCAAACUGAAUCAAGUUUUUUGGUUAGUAAGUACAUGGUGCUUGUUUGGUUGUCAGAAAUGGGUCAUCCGUUGGAUUCAAAGUUCAUUUUGCAUAAGUGAGUGGAAUAAGUCAAAUAGCGACAAUCAAGGGAAAUGUUUGUCUUCUGGAUUCUUUUCACAUGUCACCACCCUGGCCAAAUCUGAUUUUUGUCAGCAUUCCAGUGACACGGUGAUCAACAUUUGAGUCUGAGUGGAGGCCUGAGUUCAAGGUUCAAGCCAAUUCAUGAAAGUUUAGUCACUGCAAUUCAAUAAGCACUCUAAAAAAACCCCACCAGGAUCAACUAGAGUAAAAUCUUCUUUCUUGUUCUCGUGAAGAACUAACAAAAUCUUCCUGAAUCUCCCAAUACCGAAGUUUAAAGCAAAAGACGGAGAGGCUGUAACAAUAGUCACUUAGACGGAGAAGUUUAAUGAUUGAUCAAUCUUGGCCUGUGUUAUUUUGUUAGUUUAGGGAGGCCAAGAACUUUGCUACUUCAGUUGUCGCUUGGACUGCAUUAUCUGCCAUGAUGGUGAGAGUACAACAAAACUCCACAGCAUCCAUUGCAAAGUCCACCAGAGAAAUAAGCAGAUUAAACGAUUUGGUAAAUAUUGCAAACCAAAACAACAAGUCCUCCUGGAGAUGUGAGAUACAGCACACAUAUAACAGUACACAAACACACAUACAAAGCACCCAGUGUAAAUGAGAGUUGUGUAACUGUGAGCAAGGGUCAAGCACACACAGACAACACAUACACAAAUGAAAAGCCAGUUCUGAGAAGUCCUUGCAUGAGGACCGCCAGUCAUGGCUGUUUGUUCUAGCCUCCAUGUGGAUUUACAGUCAUUUUAUCGCACAAACCGCCCAAGACAUCUCAUCUCUGGCUCUGCCUCCUCUGCCUGUGUAUAAUCAAACAGUACUCCCAUUUAUGUUAACCUAUGCAUUGCUAUCAUUCAUUGUACAUGACGGUUUCAUAUAAAAAAACUGUAUUAAGAAUCCUAUCCACUGUAUAAUGGUGCUAUUUUGUAGUUUGUUACUUGCAAGAGAUGGCUAAGACAGACAGAUGGCAGGGCUUACAUUGGAGGUCUUCCCUUUUGCACAGCCUUGUGGCCACCAUUUUAAUAGUGUUUUUAUUUGUAAGCUGUUUCAAUAAGGUAGUAGUGUAAGCGAGUAAAUGUAUCUGUGUGAAAUCUGUGAAUGCAUGGAGAAUUAAAAAUAAGAAAAUACCAUGUUGUGGUCCCAAGAAGGCAAAAUGCUAUUUUUUCUACUGUUUUUAAAUUAUUUUCUCAAUAUAGAUCCCUUAUGCCAAAUAACUUGACAAAAGUACUGUGAACUGUGAUUCUUCCAAUUGUAUUGAGAUUGUUAAAAGUCAUGGUGUGCUUUUGUCUGUCCUGAGAUGUGUGUGUACAUGCACCUCCCUCGAGGCCAUGAAGCUUCCACAAAGCGAGACUACGUAACUUUUGCUGAACAGCGGCCAAUGUGGCCCCAAGUGAUAAUUAUUGGACAAUCAUUACACAUUGGAUUUGCCCUCAUUUCCCAAGAUUGUAAUUCGUCAGAUGCUUUAAAGACAUCAUCAUGUUUAUCCGUAACAUGCUAAAUUGUAGCGUAACAGUGACUCAAGUAGUGAAGAGCUAUAAAGUCAGUAAAUGUACUCAGUCAUCUAGCUUAAAAGAGUAGUUUGAAACUUGAAAUUUGCUUACUUGUUUUCUUGACCAGUUAGAUGAGAAGAUCGAUACGACUCUCAUACCUGUCCAUUAAAUAUAAGGCUUCAGCCAGUAGCCAGUUAGCUUAUCUUAGCACA